AUGCGACAAUCAGAUGCAUCUGCAAAAUCACUACUUACUGGAGGAUAUCGUGUUAACUCAAAUAAUGCGAGAGGAUGGAUUUCAAGUUUUGCUAAUACAUUAGGAACUGAAUCUCAUAAUGUAAGUAUUAAUAAUAUAGAAAGUGUAAGUAAGACCCAAAAGUCUUUAGAAGAUUGGCAUAAAGCUCAUUAUUUUGACUAUUAUUUUAAAUCUUACAAGUCUAGUGGAGUUAAUGAUGAAACUGCCUCUUUGUAUGCAAAUAGUUGUGUUGCUGAACUUGAACGUUCAGGUUAUAUAGUGAAUGUAGUGAAGAACCAACUUAGCACUCAUCUAAUAGGAAGUGAAGAUAAACAUCUGGCUUUAGAUAAUAACAACCAUUUUAAUACCAAGAUUGCUAAUAAAGUUACAGAAGAUAAUGACUUACAAAAUUGGAUACAACGCUUAUACUCUACAUAUUGUUCAAAUGGUAAAUCAAUAAAAGAUAUAGAGUGGAAUAAGAAGAUAUCUUUAUAUGCACAACAUAUAUCUAAACAAUAUACUAAAGCAUUGUUAAAUGGGACUGUAAAAUAUGUCGAUUGGAAGGUGCAACCAAUUCCCAAAAAAAAAACUAUUCAAGAGUUUACACCUGAAGAUUCAAAAAUGAAGAAUAACCCUUUAGAAUCUAAAAAGAGAGAUACAAGUCAAACAGAUGCACAAAAUUCAGAUAUCUAUCCUGUUAUACCUGUAAUUAAAAAGAGUAAAGUUAGAAACAAAUUUCAUAAUCCGGAAGAUAAAAAUUGUGGAACUAAGUCUGAGAACGAUCGUAUGAUUAUUGAUGCACAAGGAAUAAGAAGACUUUCUUGGGAACAAAUACUAGCAUUAGGUAGAUGUACUGAGAAGAUUGUUGGUACUUAUAUGUCACUUGAAAAACCUUAUCUUCGAUUAACAGCUUCACCUGAUCCUAAUUUAGUUAGACCAGAACAUAUACUACGUAAAUCUUUAAAAUAUAUUAUGAAAAACUAUAUGAAUUAUAAAUGUAAUAGAACUGGAGACUUAUCUACAAUCAUGCAAUUUCAUAAACAAGACAAAAAUAUAAAUACAGUUAAUACAAAAAAGUAUGAUUGGAAAUAUUUGGAAGAACAAUUCCGAUCUAUUAGGCAGGAUUUAACAGUACAAGGAAUUAAAAAUGCAUUCACUAUAGAAGUAUACGAGACAAAUGCAAGAUUAGCAUUAGAAAAUGAAGAUUUGGGCCAAUUUAAUCAAUGUCAAGCACGUCUCAGGGAACUCUACACCUCUUUGAGUAUUAAAUUUGAAAAUUCUAAUAGAGAUGAAUUUUCAUGCUAUUACAUCUUGUAUAUUACUCUUCAAAAUAUGAAGACAGACUUAAUUCGUAUUAUGUCUGAAGUAGAGAACUACAAAAAAUUUAAAGGAGUACGUUUUGCAUUGGAUAUAUGCUCUACACUAUUGGAUGGAAAUUACUAUAGGUACUUUUUAUUAUCAAAAAGUGCUCCUUGGAAGUCUAAGCAUUUAUUAAAUAUAUUUAGAAGUAGACAAAUAUUAAUAGCACUAACGACAAUAACGAAAUCAUCUCGUUUUAUUAAUAUUUUGACAUUACAAAAAAUCUUUUGCUUUGAUUCUAAAGAAAGUUGUUAUGAUUUUUUAAAAGAACACAAUGCAGUUUUUACUAAACUAGAUACAAAUGAAGUAGGUGCAAUCUUAGAUUGUAAAUCCAGUGGUUCCAUCUUCUCAACCUCGCCAUUAUUGCUUAGUAGGAAGGUACAAGCUCUCGGGUAA